CGCUACCAACGGAACCACGCACCCAGACGCUCCGGCCGCCGUACCUCGCUGGUCCAGUGUUGCCUAUCCUUCCCUCUCUCUCUACGUGUGUCUCCAGCCUCCCUCUAGCUCUUUCCUCUCCUCUGGGACCCUUGCGAGAUGAAGAGCCCUAGCCCCCACCUGCUGGCUCUCGGGCUGCUGCUAAUCUGCCAAGGCGCCCCGGGCAUGAGGCAGGUGGAGUCGGACUACGCGGCGCCACUCCAGCAGCUCUCCACCUUCGACGGCUAUCGCUACUCCAACUACCUGGGGCCGGAUGGGUACAGAUUCUUCUACUCGCUGCCCACGAGUUCGAGGGCGGAGCAGCGAUCAGCCUCAGGGGAAGUGACGGGCCAGUACGCUUUCGUGGCACCAGAGGGCGACGAGUACCACUUCAAGUACGAGGCCGGCAACAAGGGCUACGUCGUGGAGAGCAACGCCCUGCCCACGCCCGUCCAGGACACCGAGGAAGUGAGACGCGCCAAGGAGGAGUUCUUCGCGGCUUACCAGAAGGCGCUCGAGAUGGCGGACUCCGACGAAGACAGCGAAGACUCAUCAUCGUCCGAGGAGUCUGAUGAGUACAGCGAGGAGAGCAGCGAGGAGUCUGGGGAGGAGGAUUCGGAUGAGGACUCGAGUGAAGAGGAUGAUGAUGAGGAAGAGUCGGAGGAAGAGGAUGAGGAAGAGUCUGGUGAGGAAGACGAGGAGGAAGAGGAAGAUGAGGAGGAGGAAGAAGAGGAGGAAGAAGAGGAGGAGGAAGAGGAAGAAGAGGAGGAGGAAGAGGAAGAAGGUGAGGAAGAAGAGGAAGAAGGUGAAGGUAACGAAGAGGAGGAGGAGGAAGAGGAAGAAGGCGAAGAAGGUGAAGGUGAAGAAGAAGAAGAAGGAGAAGAAGGAGAGGAAGAAGAAGAAGGAGGAAACGGAGGACGUGGAGACAAGGGGAAGGGAAGCAGACGAGGAGGACAGAGAACAGGAGGCAGGAGGAAGCUGGUCAAGGCUCGUCCCCUCUUCAAGGACUCUGGAUUCGGACAGAAGAUCGUGCGGCCGUACCCUUACAACUUCAGGCGGUGAGGUGGCGAACGCUUGCAACCCUCGCUGUGCCUCUCCCUGGGACCUAAUGACUCCCCCAAGCUAGUCAGAGGGAAAAUAGGUCUCGACGUUGCUGAAACCCUCCAUUACCCUCCCUCUUAGUGCCUUUUCUUCAUCGCCAACGCCAUCUAUUGCAACGAAAAACAGUUACACCUUCCCCAGGCUGCUCUGUCGUAAUCCUUCCUUUCCCUAGGCAUAAUAAGGAGGUUUUGAGCCUAUUCUUGACCUCCUACGAGUGCCUAAGGAUUACCAGAAUGCUACCCCUCUCCUUAAACCUGAAGCACAAGGUCGUCUGAGUCACAAUUGGCCUUACUGUAAAAAAAAUCCGCCCGCUCCAGUAAAAACAUGGGGCAAAGACCAAGACUUCCUCCCUCACGAAAGUCCAAGAAAGCCAUAAGGUUCAAAAUGAGAUAACCCCAAGAUUGCGUUGUGGUCCUUGGUUUAACUUACGAUAUCAGGAGAAGAUGUUAAGGUUCUGGUAAGGAAAACUGAUACACGAGAUACGAAGUUAGUUUCUUAAGGUCACGAUUCGAAGCAUUCAUCUCAACCCUACCAUUUUUUUCUUCAACUUAAUUUCAGCUCACCCGACUUUCACUUUUUUUUAUACCUUCACUUUUCAUUUUUUUUCCCCCUCAUGUUCCUUCAAUCAGGUAAAUUUUGACACUUUUUUAUAUAAUUAUGGUAUAUAGAUAUUUUCCUUGUUGUUGUUAAUAAUUUUCUUCAUGUUUGUGCAGUCUUCAGUGUGUGUGUGUGUGUGUGUGUGUGUGUGUGUGUGUGUGUGUGUGUGUUUAUAAAUAUAGCUCUGUCUUACCAUAUAUACGUCCCCAAUUGUGUGUGUGUGUGUGUGUGUGUGUGUGUGUGUGUGUGUGUGUGUGUGUGUGUGUGUGUGUGUGUGUGUGUGUGUCUUUGCUUUGGCCAGAUGCUACGUAAUAGUUAUGGAGUAUUUAUUUUUGUAUACAGUAUUGUAGUCACUAUCUAAUGUAUUGCCCACGAGAGCUUUUUAAAUAUAUUACAAUGAUUAUUC